UCAUGUGAUCUCCCCACUGCCCCUUUGAAGAGGUCAUGUGAUCCCAUUGGACUGAGACAGGUGAUGAGGUCAUGUGAUCUCCCCACUGCCCCUUUGACGAGGUCAUGUGAUCCCAUUGGACUGAGACAGGUGAUGAGGUCAUGUGAUCUCCCCACUGCCCCUUUGACGAGGUCAUGUGAUCCCAUUGGACUGAGACAGUUAAGGUCAUGUGAUCUCCCCGCUGCCCCUUUGAUGAGGUCAGAUGAUCCCGUUGGACUGAGACAAGUAAUGAGGUCAUGUGAUCUCCCCACUGCCCCUUUGAUGAGGUCAGGUGAUCCCAUUGGACUGAGACAAGUAAUGAGGUCAUGUGAUCUCCCCGCUGCCCCUUUGAUGAGGUCAGAUGAUCCCGUUGGACUGAGACAAGUAAUGAGGUCAUGUGAUCUCCCCACUGCCCCUUUGAUGAGG